AUGGCGGAUGAUAAUGUCGGCCAAUCUUCCGCGGAAGAGGAGAUGCCAGUGGUAUCCCUUAUUCAGGGACGGUCAAAACGAAGUACAGCAGGACGCCACAUGUCUGCCCUUCUCAAUGCCGAAGCCGAUGAUGACCUUGCUCUUCUAUUUGAGGAGGUUGAUGAUGAUAACGAGUUCUCUGUCAAUGCAGAAGAGGAAGGGGGCGAAGAAGACGAUAUGGGUCUAGACUCCUCGUCGGACGAAGAGGACCAAGGGCCCAAUGCUCGGUCUGAUGACUACGAAGGGGAAACGCAAAUACAGAAGGAGGAGAAGGCAGAAAAGAAAAAACGAAGGGCCCAGCAAGAUCUUCGAUUUAAAAUAACAAGCAAGAAGGUUAAAAUAGAUCCCACCGCCGUGUCCGCAGUACCCGCCCCCCCUCGACCGAAGAAGAAGUCGGAGCGUAUUUCAUGGAUUCCUACGCCUGAGGAGGGGCCCACGCGAUCAUCCUCACGUCGCCAAACCAUGCAGAACAAGGAGCUUACGCAUGCACGACUUAAAGAUAGUGAGGAGAAGCGCAUUCGGCUCAUAGCGACUAUGGAGGAGGCAGCGAAAAGAAAGGCGCAUUUGAAGCCCAAAGAGAUGACACAGGCAGAGCGCCUUGCCGAAGCUGAAAGGGUUGAAAGACAGAAUAGCAAGAGCCUCAAUCGAUGGGAGGAGAUGGAAAGGAGAAAAGCGGAAGAACGAAAAGCUAAAAUCGAGGCCCUUCAAAACCGCCGUCUUGAAGGUCCUGUUAUGUCUUACUGGAGUGGCGUAGCUACCUGGGUUGAUGGUCGCUUGACACGCCUCGGUAAGGUCGACAUUACACCAAAGGUUGAAAAGGAGGAUAAUACGCGGAAGAAAAGCAAGAAGCCGGACAAGGAGGGAAAGGCUACGACAGAGCAAAAGCCUGCAGAUGUCUCUACUACCAGCUCUGCCACGACACAACCCGUACCCCCAACUAUAUCUGAAAGUGCUGCAGGACCAGUCAUAUCUGGUGGGGAUAAUACGUCAAAAGAAACACAAGACCCUACACCAACCGAGAAAACGGACCCUCUUCCCGUGCAGGGGAGUGAUGCGAAACUCGAGAGUACAACUGUUACUGCCACGGGUGACUCUACAGUCUUGACACCUUCACCUGCUCGAUCUCCUAAACUCGUGCCCGAUGAUACACAGGCCACCGAACCUGCUGCAGAUGCAGAGCCACAGACGGAAGGAACGGAACUGCCAAAGAAGACACCUGAGGACAAAUCUAAAGAAAAUGCACCAGAAAGCGAACAAGAGUCAAAAAGCCGCGUCGAGUCGAAGCCCGAAGAAGCUCCAAAAGACCCAGUUCCAGGUCCAGAAGAUGUGCAGAUGUCAGAUGAUGUCCCCGCUCCGAAAAUUGAGGCACAGGAGGAGGUAAAUCAAGAUCCGACGCCCCCGGAAGGCAACGACAUCGCUAUACCGAAGGAAACAGCUGCCGAAUCCACGACUCAACCUGGGCCUGACACAGUUACAGCCCCUCAGGUUGUUCCGCCCCCUCCCCCUCCUGCUACUAUUGCUGCCGCCCCGGAUGCCCCUGCUGUGCCUGUACUACCCAAUCAAGAAGGAGAGAGUUCUGUGGCGAUGCAACAGGAACAGGUGGCUCCGGAGGUACAACUGGAUCAACCAGCUGCUGCAGGCGAGGAGGCGCCACAGCCUCAAAUUCCACAGCAUCCGCCAGUCAUUGAACACGCCGGGAGAUGUCUCACAGUACUGGAGAAUUUUGACGACAAGACUGCCCAGAGCCGCGAGUUCAGCAUCUAUUUCAAUGCGAAGAAGCCGCCAAGGCUUGCCAAGAUUUCUUCGUCACUCUGCGUUAUUACAUCCCUUCCCUCGCGCUAUCGGGACCCCGAAACGGCUCUUCCUUUUGCGAACGCAUACGCAUACAAUGAAAUCCGGAAUACUGUCGCUCAGAAGUACGCCUGGAGCACUAUGCUCGGAUGCUACGUGGGCCCCGCCGGUGUUGCUGCACGUGGAGUUCCCGAGCGCUUUCUAGAUCCGAAGGCUCCGCCGCCGGAAAAAGCGAGUGAGAAGAAGGACAACAAUGAUGAUGGUGAGCCUGCUGAUAAAAACAAGGAUAAAGUAGGUGAGACAACAAAAGCUUCCCAGGAUACCACCAACGCGUCUACUCCAGCAGCUGCUACUACACCUACACCUGCACCUGCACCCGCACCUACAGCAGCAACGGAAACUGGAGCGGGCGAUCCUAUGGAAGUUGAUAAAUCAUAA